AUGUGUCAUAUCAACGCCCAAUCUCUACCGGCGCACUUUGAUGAGUUCGAAUUGAUGCUCUCACGUGUUAAUAUUGAUCUUAUUGCCAUAAGUGAAACGUUUUUGAAGCCAAGUCUUCUGUCUAGCUAUUUUGAGGCCCCUGGGUAUACCCUAUUCAGGAACGACCGAACGGGUAAGGGUGGCGGAGGUGUUGCUGUGUACAUUCGAUCGCAGUUUCCGGCCAAAGUAGUUGCAUCGUCACCCCAAUUAUACUCAUGUUCACCUGAAUUUCUGAUGGUUGAAGUGACGGUUGGCUCAGAGAACUUGUUGGUUGUGGUUGUAUAUCGACCUCCCAAAGCAGGUAGAUUGUUCAUCCUUGAAAGCGACCUGGUUAAUGUUAUGCAUAGGUAUCAGCAUGUAAUCACUCUAGGGGAUUUCAAUGCAGACCAGAUGAAGGAUACAUUUGAAAGUAGGCAGGUGAGGUCCCUAUUCGAGUCGAUGAAUAUGACAAUUCUCGAUAGUUCACCCACUUUCCAUACUGAGACUUGCCACACGUUGCUUGAUCUUGCGAUAGUCAGUGAUCCAGAUUUUGUCCUAUCGAAUGGUCAAAUGUCAUUCAGUAUGUCAGCUCAUGAUUUGAUCUAUAUCAUCUAUAGUCUCGAACAUAACAUCAGAUAUACUUCAAAUAGUAAAGGCAGGAAUCUGAGGGAUAUUGAUCUGGACCGUUGCUUUGCUGAUGCUGUGGAAAAGCCUUGGCACGAUAUUGUGCAUUUGGAUGAUAUCGAUGAUAAGGUGAAUGCUUUCAACUCCAUGGUUUUGUCAAUUUUCGAUCAACAUGCACCGGAACGUGACUUCAAGGUCCAGCGUAGACCAUGCCCUUGGUUUAAUAGGGAGAUAUCUCUACUGAGGCGUGAGAGAGACAAAGCUAGGUGCGACCAUUCGAGGACCGGCUGCAGUGUAGACUUUGUAAGGUAUAAGACUUUGAGAAACCAGUUGAGAGCUCACAAGGACGAAUGCAUCUCUGCUCUAAUUCAUCUCAAAUUCGACCAUUAG